CGGGUGAAUAGGCGUCAGAGAGUGUGUUUUUGUGCGCACACACAGACAGAGCAUCCAUCUCUGCGAGUACAACAAACCCCAGUCUCAGCUGGGUGUAACGUGUGAACGAGAGGCUGAGCUCAGAGCCGAGGAGACAGGAGGAGGAGGGUGAAAGAGUCAGAGACCAGCAGAGCGUGGAGCAGGUUCCUUCUGCAGCCCUCGCACUCAGCCUCAGCAGACAUGCUGCCCAACUUCGCCGGCAACUGGAAGAUGAGGAGCAGUGAGAAUUUUGAUGAACUUCUCAAAGUCCUGGGCGUGAACGCCAUGCUGAGGAAGGUUGCCGUGGCAGCGGCCUCCAACCCUCAAGUGGAGAUCCGCCAGGAUGGCGAGCAGUUCUACAUUAAAACGUCCACCAGCGUGCGCACCACCGAGAUCAACUUCCGCAUGGGUGAAGAGUAUAACGAGGAGACUGUGGACGGACGCAAGUGCAAGAGCCUGGCCACCUGGGAGUCGGAGAACAAGAUCCACUGUAAGCAGACGCUGGUGGACGGUGACGGACCCAAGACCUUCUGGACCCGAGAGCUGAAAGGGGACGAGCUCAUACUGACGUUUGGGGCAGAUGACGUCGUGUGCACAAGGAUUUAUGUACGGGAGUGAAGCUCUGCAGCCUUCAUCAGGAUUAAUCCCAUUUAGACCAGUCGUGCUAACGAGUUAACUCAUCUACUAAGU